AUGUGCAAUUUUUUGAACCAGCUUCUUGCCCUGGUAGAAGAUUUGCCUCAGUUUGAUGAUGCAAAAAACAACAAAACCAAAACUGCACUUCUCAAGCAAAGUGCCACCAAUUAUGAAGCCAUGCUCAAAGCGAGAGAUUGUGAUUUGUCGAGUGACGAGCUUGAUAGUAUCAGUACAGCAAUUACUGACUGUGGUCAAGACUCAAACUCUGAUUUCGCCGAUGUCAUCGAAAGGCUCAAAAAGAAGAAAGAAGCAUUAGAAAAGUAA